AUGGAGGUCCUAAACCAACGCGCGGCACUGCUCUCCAACUACGAGGUCCUGACGCUUCUCAAGGAGCUCGAGAGCGAUCACCUCGCACGCACGAAGACCGCGAUCCGCAUCAAAAAGGAGGAGGAGGCCGCGGGACUCCCCCCAAAACACCAAGCGCCACCGGAUGAUGUCUGUGAGAAUUUGCGGACCGUCGAGGUUGAGGCCAUCCAGUAUCUGUCUGCAGACUUCCAGCCCACUGGGUCGCAGACUCCUGAGGGCAUCACCCAGUUGACGCGGAACCUCGCGCGUUGGGACCUCACCAAGGCUGAGAAACUCCAGAUAGUCAACUUGGCUCCUACGGAACCUGUCGAGCUGUACGUGGUCGUAGAAGAACUGGAAGACCGCUUUGGCAACCAAAUGGACGAUAUACUGAACACCGUGAAAGAAACUCUCCGCGAGGCAGCUCCUGCCGUCAACGGGACUUCCAACGGCGCUGAACCGUCACAAGCGAUGCAGGUUGAUGCUGCUGUCUACUCUGAGUAUCAAGAUGACUACCAAGACCAAGAUCAGUGGGAUUACAACGCAAAUGAGGUCGUUUUCGAUGACACGGGUGAAGGUGCCGGGAUUGAGGGCGACCUCGAUGUCGACGAUGACUGA